GCAGCGGCGAGCGCGCGGAGGCGUCUCGAAGGUGACCGCGGACCCUAGCUUCCUGCAGCGGGCCCUGAAGGAUGGCUGCCAUGCUGGGGGACGCCAUCAUGGUGGCCAAAGGCCUUGCCAAGCUGACCCGGGCGGCUGUGGAAACCCAUCUGCAGCACUGGGGCAUCGGUGGGGAGCUCCUCACGGCGGCCAGGGCCCUGCAGUCCACGGCUGCGGAGCAGGUCAGCGCGUUCCUGGGGAAGGCACAGGGUCAGGACAAACGCGAAGAGCCUUUUGUGGAGAACUUGGAAGACGUGGAAGCAGAGUUGCACUUCUCAGGCCCGCAGGCAAUGGGAGCCUCCGCUGACUUCUCCGCAGACCCAUCACCGCCCGCAUCGUGGGGUCACACCCAGGGCGAGGGUCCGGCUCCUGCCUACGUUGGCAGCGGACCCUUUAGUGAAGCCGGGCUCCCGGGCCAGGCCACCUCCCCUCUGGGCAGGGUCCAUGGGAGACUCUUUGCAAAUCCCACAGACUCAUUCUGUGCCCCGGGCUUUCAGCGAAGGUUCUUCCACCAGGACCAGGCCCCUGUGGGGGGCCUCACGGCCCAGGACAUCGAGAAGGCGCGGCAGGCCAAGGCCCGCCCUGAGAACAAGCCGCACAAGCAGGCGCUCAGCGAGCAGGCCCGGGAGCGGAAGGUGCCAGUGACGCGGAUCGGGCGGCUGGCCAACUUCGGAGGGCUGGCCGUGGGCCUGGGCUUUGGGGCCCUGGCUGAGGUUGCCAAGAAGAGCCUCCGCCCUGAGGACCCCACAGGGAAGAAGUCCGUGUUGGAUUCCAGCCCCUUCCUGUCGGAGGCGAACGCCGAGCGCAUCGUGCGCACGCUCUGCAAGGUGCGCGGGGCGGCACUCAAGCUGGGCCAGAUGCUGAGCAUCCAGGACGACGCUUUCAUCAACCCCCACCUGGCCAAGAUCUUCGAGCGCGUGCGGCAGAGCGCUGACUUCAUGCCACUCAAGCAGAUGACGAAAACUCUCAACAACGACCUGGGGCCCAACUGGAAAGACAAGCUGGAGUACUUUGAGGAGCGACCCUUCGCCGCGGCUUCCAUCGGGCAGGUGCACCUGGCCCGCCUGAAGGGUGGCCGCGAGGUGGCCAUGAAGAUCCAGUACCCUGGCGUGGCCCAGAGCAUCAACAGUGAUGUCAACAACCUCAUGGCGGUGCUGAACAUGAGCAACAUGCUUCCGGAAGGCCUGUUCCCCGAGCACCUGAUCGACGUGCUGAAGCGGGAGCUGGCCCUCGAGUGUGACUACCAGCGGGAGGCCGCUUGUGCCAAGAAGUUCAGGGAGCUGCUGAAGGACCACCCCUUCUUCUACGUGCCCGAGAUUGUGGACGAGCUGUGCAGCCCCCACGUGCUGACCACAGAGCUGGUGUCUGGUUUCCCCCUGGACCAGGCAGAAGGGCUGAGUCAGGAGAUUCGGAAUGAGAUCUGCUACAACAUCCUGGUUCUGUGCCUGAGGGAGCUGUUCGAGUUCCACUUCAUGCAGACAGACCCCAACUGGUCCAACUUCUUUUAUGACCCCCAGCAGCACAAGGUGGCUCUUUUGGACUUCGGGGCAACACGUGAAUAUGACAGAUCCUUCACUGACCUCUACAUUCAGAUCAUCAGGGCUGCUGCUGACAGGGACAGGGAGGCCGUGCGGACGAAGUCCAUAGAGAUGAAGUUCCUCACUGGCUAUGAGGUCAAGGUCAUGGAAGACGCCCACCUGGAUGCCAUCCUCAUCCUCGGGGAGGCCUUUGCCUCAGACGAGCCCUUUGACUUUGGCACCCAGAGCACCACCGAGAAGAUCCACAACCUGAUUCCCAUCAUGCUGAAGCACCGCCUCGUCCCCCCACCCGAGGAGACCUACUCCCUGCACCGGAAGAUGGGGGGCUCCUUCCUCAUCUGCUCCAAGCUGAAGGCCCGCUUCUCCUGUAAAGCCAUGUUCGAGGAGGCCUACAGCAAGUACCGCGAGAGGCAGGCCAAGCAGCAGUAGCUGCCGGACACCGGGGCCGCAGGUGGACCGGGGCGCCCAGCCUGCGGGUCGCGCCCAGGCCGGCUCCGCGGACUCUCCGUCCUUCACGCGGGCGCAAACCACUGCAGAGAUGGCGUCGAUGCUUCGUUUAAGCCCCAGUGCCCAGUACGAAAAGGUGGCUGGUUCUGGUGGGGAUUUGGGGAGAGGCUGCUGAGAGCCUCAUAGCUAGUGCUUCACACGGUUUUCACUGCUAAAUAAAUGGUUGUAGGAUGAGAAGUGCGAGAAUGAAAAUGAAACUCCACUGCUGUCAGAAUCUGCCUGUUGUUUAUUCAUCCCCUGAAAUAAUUCUAGAUAAAAGGACAAUUUUGUUGUCUUCUUUUUCCUAAUACGAAAAGCAGAGAGUACUUACUCCUUCGAAUCUGCCACCAAAACAAAACAAAGAUUUUUGGAUUUUGUUAACUGUAGUGCGAGGUUUGUGUGUCCGUGUUUCUAGAAUGAGAUUCGUUUCCUGCCCUCUUGCUCUCCAGCCUGUGGUCUGAGCGGGAGCAGUGCCGAUCUGAACGAUGCCAGCACGCCCCGCUGCACCUCGUGGGCCCGGCCUGCCCGGGCCGGUCCUUAGCUUCCCUGACAGCUGAACGUUCCCAGAGAAUCGCUGCCUCACAGGGGAGGGGUCGCAGCAGUGGGCCAGGGAACCGAGACACGUACCUCGUCUGCUGCUGGAAGGCUCCUCCCUGCCGGGGCCACUGCCAGAGGAGAUGCACGGGUGUCGCUCGUUCUACCAAAGGGUCAUCACAGGCUCUGAAUUUUUGUACAAGUCUUAUAAUUAUCUAGUUUAAAUUCAAU